GGGGUGUGGCCAGCUCUCGCCCCUACUUCCAAGCUCGGUCCAGUAUCGCGAGACCUUCUCUGUCCGGAACUUCCGGUUCCGAUGGGCCUGGCGGUCUCGGGCCCGCGAUGCGGGGUGGACUUCUGUGGGGGGCUGUCCGUCGUCUGUGGGCUGGGCGGGCUGUUGGCGCAGCCCGCCGGCCCCUGAGCUGCAGUAGCCCGCCCCUGGAGGAGCUGUUGGCCCGCGGCGGGCCCUUACGGACCUUCCUCGAGCGCCAGGCAGGGUCAGAAGCCCAGUUACGAUUUCGGGGGCCAGAGCUGGUAGCGGCCACCAAACUCCUGAGCGAGAAGGAGCGGGAGCUGCGGGAGACCGAGCCCUUGCUGCACGGAAAGUAUGAAGAGACUAAAAUGAUGUGUAACCCUGCCCUAAGGGUAAUCGUCUUAUAUUCUUUCUAUCCCAGUCCCCAGCAAGAUGAGAAUGAAGAUUUAAGGAAGCUUGCAGAGACUGAAAUAACUUUGUGUCAAAAAGAAAUAGCCCAGUUGAAGCAUCAGAUUGUCUUACUUUUGGUUCCCUCAGAAGAAACUGAUGAAAAUGAUUUGAUUCUGGAGGUAACUGCAGGAGUUGGGGGUCAGGAGGCAAUGUUAUUUACUUCAGAGAUGUUUGAUAUGUAUCAGCAGUAUGCUGCAUAUAAAAGAUGGCAUUUUGAAACCCUGGAAUACUUUCCAAGUGAAAUAGGUGGCCUUAGACAUGCAUCUGCCAGCAUUAGCGGUUCAGAAGCCUAUAAACACAUGAAAUUUGAAGGGGGAGUGCAUAGAGUACAGAGAGUACCAAAGACAGAGAAGCAAGGCCGCAUCCAUACGAGCACCAUGACAGUGGCAAUAUUACCCCAGCCCACUGAGAUUAAUCUGGUGAUUGAUCCUAAAGAUUUGAGAAUAGAUACUAAGCGAGCCAGUGGAGCUGGGGGUCAGCAUGUAAAUACCACGGACAGUGCUGUCCGGAUUGUUCAUCUUCCAACAGGUGUUGUUUCUGAAUGUCAACAAGAAAGGUCUCAACUGAAAAAUAGAGAGAUGGCUAUGAAAAAGUUACGGGCAAAGCUGUACAAUAUGCGUCUAGAGGAAGAAAUAAGCAGAAGAUACAGUGCGAGGAAGAUUCAGGUUGGAACUAAAGGAAGAUCAGAGAAAAUAAGAACAUAUAAUUUUCCACAGAACCGAGUUACAGAUCACAGAAUAAACAAAUCACUGCACAGUCUUGAGACUUUUAUGCAAGGAGAUUAUCUACUGGAUGAACUUAUACAGUCACUGAAGGACUAUGCAGAUUAUGAAUCUUUACUUGAAAUUAUUUCCAAAAAAGUUUAGGUUGAUUUGUUAUUAAAGUAUUUUAUGAGCUUAGGAAAAUUCUAUAGCACAUCAAUUGUGCUUACUCACCAGUAUUCUAAAAAAAAAAAAGUUUUUACAAUGGGAAGUAAUAUGCAUAUUUCUUAAUGCAUAAUUGAUGUAGACCUCCCUCAAUGUAUUAAUAAACAUACAUAAUCAUGA